UGGGUCUUCGUUAGCACGACGUCAUCAUCGUCCAAGGCUGACCUGCUCAAGGCGGGAUUAUUUGCACUGAGGCGCGCGCCGGAGAGUACAUAAUAGUCCCAGAAAGAAGAAUUCUAGGUGCCUAAACGCGUCUUUCUAUCCAAGGAGGAGACGCAUCGGCACAAUGGCUCUUGAGCUCUCCUUACUACCAAGAAACCGGCGAACAAUUUAUGUCAAAAACCGUUGCUUAUCCACGUGGCACAAGUUCCCUAUUUAAGGAGAGCCAUCGAGCAUUCCGUUACCAUCUUUUCCCCGCCCAUCUUCGAACUUCUUCCCCACACUUCCAGGACCAUCGCUCAAUAUGCCUCAAGGAACCAUGAGAGCCCUUUGGUACAACGCUCCCAAAGACUUCGAGGUGAAAGAAGUCCCUAUUCCGCAAGUCGGCGACAACGACAUCCUGCUCAAAGUGAGCUGCUGCGGUGUCUGCGGUACCGACGGCCACAUUCAUGAAGGAGAAUUCAUCUCCAAGUUCCCUCUUAUCCCGGGACAUGAAGCUGUGGGAAGCAUCGUCGAGAUGGGCAAGAACGUCAAAGGGUUCUCCGUUGGCGAUCGCUGUGUGGCCGAUGUCGGCAUCACCUGCGAUAACUGCUUCUAUUGCCGACGAGGCCAAUCCCUGCUGUGCGAGAACUUCGCUUCGUGCGGUGUGACGCAGGAUGGCGGAUUCGCCGAGUACGUGCUGUACCAGCAGCACAAAGUGUACAAGAUCAAGAACCUGUCCGACGAGGAAGCGACCCUGCUUGAACCAGCCGCAUGCGCUAUCCACGGUCUCGACAAGCUGUCACCUCCUGUCGGCGUCGAUGUUUUGCUGCUUGGUGCCGGCCCGACUGGGCUCAUUCUCGCGCAACUCCUGAAGCUCAAUGGAGCCGCGAAGAUUGUUAUCGCCGCCAACAAGGGUAUCAAGAUGGACAUCGCGAAGAAGUUGAAUGCUGCAGACGAAUACAUCGAACUUGAUCGGCAAGACCCGGAGCCACAGUGGAAGAAAUUGCGGGAGGACAACCCGUACGGCUUCGACGUUGUCGUCGAGGCGACUGGUGUGGAGAAGUUGGCCAACGAGAGUAUCAACUAUGUCCGACGGGGCGGUACGCUCAUGGUGUAUGGGGUUUACGAGAACAAGGCUCUUGUGCACUGGCCGCCCUCAAAGAUCUUUGGCGACGAAAUCAAGGCGAGUGCAACCAUGUGUUUUCCGUUAUCUCCGUUGACCGAGAUCCAGAUCAUUGGCUCCUUCUCGCAGACGUACUGCUUCCCGCGAGCAGUCGCAUACUUGGACAGCGGGAAAAUCAACGUAUCUGGAAUGGUGACGGACACGUUCCGCUUGGAGGACUACCAGGGAGCAUUGGACAAGAUGAAUAGCCGCGGUGCGCUGAAAAUCUGCAUCAAGCCGUGA